AUGUUGAAGGAAGUGUCUCAAGGUGCUAAAAAUUGCGAGUUGGUGAAGAAGUACAACGUGUCUAAGUCAACCACCUCGACGAUUCUAAAGAACAAGGAAAAGAUCACCAGCUCUGCCGCCGACUCGACGAACAGAAAGCACCUGCAGAAGGUCACCUAUGCGGACGUAGAGGACGCGCUGCUUAAGUGGUUCACCGACGCACGGGCUUGCAACAUUCCGAUAAGUUGGCUAAUGAUGCUGGGCAAAGCCAGAAACUUUGCAUUCCUGCUAGAUCGUCCUGGCUUCUGCCCAGGCAAGGGCUGGCUACAUCUAUUCAAAACAGAGGUCACAGCAGCUUGUGUGUGGAACUGCUUCUGCAAGGCCAGCUUCAUCGACGCAGUGCCUGAUGCCGAGCCUGAUGCUUCCAAAGAUGAUCGGUCCGGUGGCGAUUUGUGGCAGCGUGUCGUCGACUCUGAGAUGGGGGGCUGA